AUGCCGCCUUCCACAUGUUUCCGGAGCUUCUCGCAGCUGUCGCUUGAUGCCGCCGCCCAUGGAUGCAUUGCACCGCGCGUGCUACGCCCCCAGAUAGCCUGCUUUUCCACGUCGUCCGCCCGCUAUGCUGUGAAGGGUGUCAAGUCUCUGAACACGAAGAAGGGGAGAGGAGCAUCAGGAGGCGGGAAAGCCCAACGGAAGCGCAUCGUUCUGAGCAACGACAACGCACUCGAAGUAUCUUCGCUGCGGGACCUCACCAAGGACAAUGUCCUCAGCGAACAGAAUGAGGGCAAGGUUAUGGGGCUACCACAAGAGACUGUAGUGGAUGCGCUUGCGAGCCGUCGAGGCAUUCAAAACAACCCAGGGAUGGGCUCCAAGAAGACAAUAAGACGGAUACUGUGCGGGCAAAGAAUGAGCGGGAAGAGCACAUUGGUACUUCAGGGUCUGACUAUGGGUUUUCUACGGGGACUGGUUUGUGAUCAACCUACCAGAAGACCCCUCGUCAACGCGCAUACCGACUAUGCGCCUCUUCCCAACUCAGAACCGAUGCAGUACUGGCGGCGCUGGUAUGGCCAAUCCCGAAAGCAUCAUGGCCCAGUGUUUGUUGCGUUAUGGAAUGAGCUAUCUCUACCAGGCCGUCCACAAUCCUGCUUGCACUCGACGGCCCUAUCGCAUGUUAUGCGCCACUCCGAGUACAUGUCUGCGGAAAGAAAUUACCCAACGGCGGCGUGGGUGCUCGGCGCAACAUCACGAUCGAACGCCCCCACGUCGCCAGCGAUGGACCACUGCAUCGAAGCAGCGGUCGCCCGUCAAAAGUCUUCCGAGAAGCUACCAGAAUGGAACCCCUACAAGAGCGUAGACGUGCGCGAGCUUGAUAUUAUCAACGUUGGCGGGCUGACCAAGGAAGAGGCCAGAUCAAUCAUGGAGUACUAUGCCGAAAGCGGCAUGUUGCGACACCAAGUCAACGAGGGCUUCGUAGCGGAGAAGUGGAGUUUGGCGGGUAUGGGGAACAUUGGCGAGCUGGAGAAGGCAAGCGUGCGGAUGCGGUUGUAGUUGUAUUAUAUGGUGGCACCAAUCAUAAAUCAGGCAUGUCAAUGUUAAGUAUCGUUUGGCAUUGCUAGUUGUAGCGGCAUGUUCAGACCAACGGACUUUCCCAUGGCCCCUAUCCAUAUGGUCAUAUACUUAUCUGCUGAUAUAACGCUCUCGACACUGGCCUCCAUCACAUCAGCCGUCUGACAUGGAUGGAUGAAGAACACAGGUCUGUUGGUUAGCGGGUGCUCCUGCGAUGGUUAGUUGAAUCCAACACAUGGGAUCACACUUCUCACAGUGAUAGUAAUGCCUCCAAUGACACCAGCAUUCUCUGUUUGAGCUUUGAACUGCGGCG